ACCACUCAUGAUUAUGGUACUCGCGUGCUUCAAACCCAAUAGAAGAUUCGGUUCGGGUUCAUGAGCUCCGGUCAGGGUUCAGUGUUCGUCAUCAUGUCCGCCCUGGAGGCUUGGCACAUGGACGAGUCCACUGAAGAUUCGAGACUGCCUCAUAAAUUACACCCCAAUCAACCAGUGAGUCUACAGGAGCUCCGGGACAUCGGGGUUUGUUACUGGAAGUUAAAUGCUGAUAUCUAUGAAAAUGACCCUGAGCUGCAGAAGAUCAGAGAAGAGAAAGGUUACUCCUACAUGGACAUCAUCGACGUUCACCCGGACAAACUGCCCAACUACGAGGAUAAAUUAAAAAUGUUCUAUGAGGAACACCUGCACCUGGACGAUGAGAUCCGGUACAUCCUGGAUGGAAGAGCGUACUUUGACGUCCGAGACAAGAACGACCGCUGGAUACGAAUCGCUAUGACAAAGGGAGACAUGAUCACACUGCCAGCAGGAAUUUAUCAUAGAUUCACGAUGGAUGAGACGAAUUACACUAAAGCCAUGAGGCUGUUUGUAGGCGAGCCGGUGUGGAAGGCCUACAACCGACCAGCUGAUCACUUUGAAAUUCGCAAGCAAUACGUGGAUUCACUGAAGUGCUCCUGAGCAGGAUGAACUCCACACAAUUGAACUCAACUGACAUGAAAUAACUGUAAUUAUGUAGGAAAUUUUUAGAGAAAUAUUGUAGCAAAAUAAGACAAAUGAUAUAUAUUUGUUCCUUCCUAUCAAUCCUGAAGACGUCUCAACACCACAAUAUUCAUAGUGCCUUGAUUUUUCUUAUCGGGUAUCUAACUCUCGGCAUUAAUUGUAGAGCAUAGUCGAGUUUAUUAAGCUGUAAUUAGCAUCCGCAACAGAAAAUAUUAUCACGCUAUGGUGAUAGGUCGAUGCAGCUGCUUGCCUAUGUACUGUUCAGAUCCCAUUACUGUGAAUAAAAUUCCAGACUUUA